GGGAAAAUAUGGUGGGACGUUGUUUACAGUCCGACAGUUUCGUGUGGAAAUUAAAACUAAGGCUGAUUGUAGUUGCUUGCAUAACGGGAGCUUAUAGCAUCAUUCCUGAAGCCAGCCAGGAAGGAAUGCUACAUCCAUACAAGAGUUAUGCCGAUGUAACCUUAUUUCAUUACAAUGUUCCACCAGACGUUGUAAGAGCAUCAUGGGAAUUUGCAGCAUUUAUGGAUGAUCCCAGUUGCCCAGUUAUAGAUGUUCAUAUCUACAUUCAGCAUGGCAGUUACCCUGUGAUGAGUCCAGAUAAUUCAACUUUUCCACCAAAUGUAUACGUAGGAAGGACAUCAUUGCACUACAUUACAACCAAGUCAGGAUAUCAGCCACAUGAUGCGACUAUUUUUCCCGUGUACAACCCUCUCCCUGGGAAUUGGUUUGUGGCAGCAUAUAUUUCACAUUUGAACCAACAUGUACAGCAGGAGGGAUUGGGUCACAAGUGUCGUUAUAGCCUUGGAUCAGUAGGUGUCUGGUCUCAUAUUAUGGGAAUUCCUGUUGUGAGUCCUGGUGUACCCAAGAUUAUUAUUACUGUUGAUCAUAUUUCAUAUUUCAAGAUUUUCAUCCCUGCUGGUACGUGGCACUUCUCAAUAAAAAUUUCCCACUGUGAAUUUCGUGUUAGUUCAGUGAAACAUUUCAACAGCAGCAAUACUGAGAAGCCUUACUGCAUACAGAACAUGGCCUUGCGGGCCCGAGCGUUACCGCCUUACAAUCCCAGGAAUGGUACUGGAAAUCUCACCACUGGUUCUUCGUUUACAUUUACUGAAACUGAACCAUUCACUGAUGGCUUUUAUUAUCUGUUAGUGGUGUCAGAAUCUCGAGUCAGUUUUAAAUUGGCUGUGGCAACAUCAGAAUGCGUUAUUCAAGCACUGGGCAGAAGUUUUACAAAGGAGCUGAUUGAAGUGUCAGAAUCUCAGUCAGUAACAGUAAGGCACAGCAACUGGACAGUGAAAUCAGACUGGGCAAGGACUAUUUUGUUUGCCAAUAGCAGCAAAGACCGUGACCUCGGCAUGAUGGCUGGUGCAGACCUCCUUCCGGCCGUGUCUCAGGAUGAGCAUGAUGACGGUCAUGAUGAUUAUGAUGAUGAUGAUUAUGGUUAUAGUGAUGAUAUGGAGUCGUUCAGAGACCCGUGUCUCCCAACUUUCCAGCUCGCUCGUAUUAAACAUGCUGAGGACUUUGCAGACACAUUCCUCUUACAGGGUCAAGAAUGGUACGCAACUUGGGUAGCAUUAACAGACUUGUUCUCAUUGGUUGUACAGUUAGAAAUAUUACCAUUUGUUGAUAUUGGUGGUACUUUGAAGAUUAAUAUUCAUUUGGAUGAAUUAUUAAUAAACGCAACUCACCAACAUGUAGUAGUUACAGCUUGCAUUAGGAAAGGACGGGUCCCUUCUCGUAGAAGUGGUAAUAUUCAGUGUCCCCUUGAGCUUAUGCUGAAUGUUACUUCUGAAAGUUUAGCGACGGUCGAUGCUACAAAGCUUGUGCCAUAUCCUGAGCCUGAUAUGUGGUACAUUGCAUUCCAAUUAAAAUGUUUACAUAACAGUUCCAUUGUGCCAUGUCUUAUCCAGGAAAUAAUGUUGUCGUUAGAUAUUCGAACACAGCCCUGCGUAUUUGCCGGUGAGCCUUGCGGGCCGAAAGGAAUUUGCCAGGAGACACACAAAGGUCUCCACUUCUUUACGUCAUGCACCUGCUUAGGAGGUUACAAAGGUUGGGGCUGCACAGAUGGCAGUAUGGCCACACCAGAGAGCUUGCUGCUACUCACAACAUUGCUUCUUACGCUCAGCAACGUGUUCUUCCUGCCAGCCGUGUUUAUCGCGCUGCGUCGACAUUUGCUUACUGAAGCGCUUAUAUACUUGGCCACGAUGGUCUUCUCGACUUUUUAUCAUGCUUGUGACCAGGAUUUCUAUGCAUACUGCGUUAUAAAAUAUGAAGUUUUGCAGUUUUGUGAUUUCUUCUGCUCCAUUCUUGCUUUCUGGGUGACACUAAUAGCAAUAGCUGGUGUCCCUCCAAGAGCAGCGUCUAUUUUGCACAUGGUCGGUGUUAUAAUCAUUGCCGUUGGAGUCGAAUACAACCGUACGGGCUUACUAGUUUUCAUCAUUCCCUUUGGGAUAGGAGUUGUUAUACCGGUGGCAGCAUGGAGCAUACGCUGCUGUCGCCAACGAUCAUGCAUCCACCUACAGCGUUCACUGGUGCUGUUGCUCCUGCCAGGAGUACUUCUGGCUGCCGUCGGUCUCAUUCUCUUCGCUUUUGUCGAAACUGAGGCCAAUUACCAAUACGUACAUAGCGCAUGGCAUAUUGUGAUUGCCCUGUCUCUGGUAUUCUUACUGCCAAGGAAAUGCAGCAGACAGCAGAGUGGUUCGUGCCGAGGACCAAAUGAAUCGGAGCUCUUUGACAUCAAUGACUACUAUUCGGCAAGUCCUGUAUUUGUCGUCACUUCAGAUCUUGAUAAUAUAUUGACUACUGAGUCAUGAGACUGAAAUGUUAAUUACAUUUGUUUUCAUAUUACUUAAGUAUAAUUUUAUUACCUCAGUUUAAAAGUAUGUUGUAUAUUUGUGUGUGCAUGCGUGUGUGCAUAUUUGGCAUGUAUGUUGGAAAUAUUUAUUAUGUGACUGUGUGUGUGGUGUAAUGCCAUUUGGCAUGUAAUUUUUAAAUUACAUGACUGUACUGGUAACUCUUUGGAGUUCAAGUGUUGACUGCAAAAUUGUGUUCCCUAAAGUCCUGGCUAGAACUUAUGUACUGAGUGUGGGAUGACAUUAUAUGACACAGGUCUGUCAUUCAAUAUCAGAACCUUUAUUUAUAUGUAUGAAAUCUUAUCUUUAUUUUUCAGUUACAUAUUUUUAUGUUUUGAAAUGUGUUUUUUGCAGUAAUAUUUAUCAAAGUUAUGACAUAUUUUUAAUGAUGUGUUCAUGGAAUGGAAUUGAAAUGGGAUUCUUAAGUUUAAAGAACUGAACACUUGUAUUAAUUUUGUGUAGAUUUAUUUUUAUAUUUAUUUUUAUAAAUCAAAAACAGCUUUUACAUUUAAUGUGUAACACAUGUUUUCUUCAGCAUCCAGCGUGUAACUCAACAGGUUACUUAGCGACUGAGAAAAUUAUUGAAAAUAAACAUUAUCAGCAGUUGUAUUCCCUAUCACAGUCUGGUAUUAGUCACAAUCUUGAAGUUUGCUGAUGUACAUAUAGUAGUUCUCUUUGAAAUAGAAUUCUGGAUGUAUGUUACCACAGUAUAUUAUAAUUUUGAAGACUGAAAUCAUUUUACCAACAAAACUAAAAAGCAUUAGUAACUGCUUUUUCCUAACCUUAAUACCAUAUUGUGUUCAUUUGUAUUUAUACAUAAUUAUUUUAUAUGAAAAAUUCCCUCUAUUGACUAAAUUUGCUAGCGUAUGACAACGUGAUCUCUUUCUGUAGAAGGUACUGAUUUUUUCAAUGUAUACACAAAAACUGCAGAUACCUAAAACCAGGUACGGUGGUUGGAAAAACAGGAGGCAGAAGGAAAAUGCAAGAUAUUGGUGUACAUGUACAAAGUCUUUAUUGAUAAAUAGUGUUAAUUUUUCUCCUGAGUCGUGCAGUGUGCAUUAGAAUUGUUAUUUUUUUUGUGUUUAAACAGUUUUAUAGCAUGACAUGUUGCUGAAGUAUGACGUAUUUUUGGCACAUUGAUUUUUAUAAUGCGCAGCAAAAGGAGAGUCAUGAGAGAGUUACUCACUCUUUAGCAUAUUUACAUGCCACGUCUGAAUAAUGAUUUAUUACUUUAUCUUUGUGAGUGUGUAUGAGGGAAUGGAAAUUCCUAUUAGACUCGCAUUCUUGUAUCUUAUCGGCUGGGGAUGAGGCCUUAGAAUUACAAACUUAGAAAAGAGAGUGGGCAGUAGUGAAACUACUUUAUCAACACAUUAAUCAGAACCCUUUUAAGAUAUGUUAAUCAGUUAUACAUAUAAACCAAGCUAUAUAAUAACUGAUACAGUGGUUUGUAGAAAUAUCAUUUUCCUUAUCACUGAUCCAUUGUGUAGUGAUUUUUCGUUUACUUUUAAUAACAUCUUUAUCUUGCAUGAAAUUUAAUUUGAGUUCACUUCAAAUGACUUAUAGUACUCAAAUUAUACUCAUGUUGAUAAUAAUGAGCUUGACUUGUGGUCGCUAUGAAAUGCUGAAAAGCUACAUAAUCAGUCAUAUUUAUGGAAUAAUUCUAUGGAAGAUUCUUUUUGUUAUUUAAACAAUUUUCCAAAGGUAUAGAGUGUGCCACAUAAAAAGAGCAUAAUUAAUUAAUGACUUCAUCAAACAUAAGAAUUAUCUCAUUCAGUGCCAUGUAAUCAUUUCAGUUGAUGUAAUGUCAUAAAACAUCCCCUGAACCAAUGAGCCAUGUUGGAGAGGAGAAUAGGAGUUUAUGUAACUUAUAAAACCAUGCUGUUUAAUGCAUGUUCUUAAUUAAUGUUGUCAAUGAACUUUGCUUAUCAGAAGGUUUUAAGUCACUUGUUUGUGGACUUGUGCCAUAUUUGCUACUAAUAAGGAAUAGAAAAAGUGAACAGUAUGAUUCACACAGGCACAGCAACAUAGUUUCUUAACAUAAUUCAGAGUUUUGUAAUUUUAUACCUCUGCACUAAUCUCUCUGUAAGUCUCAUAUACAAUUUGAAUUUCAAGAUACUAGGAAUUUCCAUAAGAUAAAAGGCAUCUAUAAUGUGUCAGUUUCUGCUCUUUUCCCUAAUAUGGGCAUGUACGAUGCAUUCGCUGAUAAAAUUGUACACAGCUGUCACUUUCCAGCUUUGCUGGAACUGUGUGACUCACUGCAAAGCGCUACAAGGUUUUCCCAAACUGAGUUACAUAUUGCUCAAAAAUGAAAUAUUUUUAUGUUGAUUACAGAAGUUCCUAUCAGAAGCUGGGAAGUAACGGUUGCAUUAAGCGUUAACACAGUGUAGUUGCUUUUAAAUAGUUAUUUCCAGUUUUCAUAGUAUGUUUAAUUGGUAAAAAUUGCCUGCAUUUUUUCAUCUUUA